CCUAUUUUCCCGAAUGCGAUGAGUCUCGCAUGAUUGCAAUAGUAGCCGUCUAACAUGGAGCGUCUUUGUCUAGGCAUAUCUAUGGCACCAGAUUUAUAUCGCCGUACUCAACCACUACAACGACAACACCCUUGCAAGCCCUAGGCAGCCCGCCGGGGAUCGUCAAAUUAGUUCCGAGCCGUCCAUCGCCCAGCGACAUCCACGUCGUCGGCUUUACCUCUCAGAGCGAAGGGAGCAGCGAACGUUCGUCGACUUCUCCUCCCGCCUUUUCUAGCCUAGCCACCGACCUUUCCAAUGUUGAAGAGCAGCAGAUCAUCGCGAGAGUAUCCUACCAUGUCCUUCGAGAGGAGAGGACAUUUCAUAUAGCCAAGAACUUGAUGGCCACCGCCGAUCCGCAGGGAGUACACAAUGUAAAGCCGAUAGACCUCAUUCGACUAAGCCCGCAACCAGGCGACCGAGCGGCCAUAAUCGUGUCGAUAUAUGAGAACCCAGGGGAGAACUAUCUCUUUAAAACCUUGGACUUGGGGCCGGCCUUUUUCUAUGCUAGGAAAGUCGAGGACCGGUUCGAAUCCUAUCGAAGGACUGAAUUCGCCCUAGACCCUCCCAUAAGUCUAGUGCAUUUCCUCGACUUCGCGAUUGGUGCUACGCAAUGUUUAGAGAUAUUACACCACGGUCAUGGUAUGGUCCAUGGAGAAAUAAGAGCAGAUGCGUUUCACUUUAAUAUUGAUACGAACAAGGUAAAGCUGAUAUCAUUUGGCUCGGGGGUAAGAUCGUUCGAACACGGGCUUACAAGCACUGGAUGGUCGACGCUCUCUAAGGAGCUCGGGUCUAAAAACAAAUUAGUUUAUAUUAGUCCAGAGCAGACUGGCCGCAUGCCAGCAGAGCCAGAUACGAGGACUGACAUUUAUUCUUUAGGUGUCCUAUUUUGGAUGCUCCUAACUCAGCAGCCUGUCUUCACAGGGACUUCGCCACUAGAUAUUGUCCAAUGUGUACUAAAUCGCCGUAUACCUUUGGUCUCUAGUAUUCGAACAGAUGUUCCCGAAGUUCUUGGUCGCAUCAUACAAAAAUGCACAUCCAAGAACAUAUCCGACCGAUAUCACUCAGCUAGCGGCCUACGCCAUGACUUACAAACGGUUCAAAAGUUACUGGGGAAUGGCGACUGGACAGCCUUAAAGGAGUGGCACAUAGCCUCGAAGGAUAUCUCGUCGUUUUUUAUGUUACCUACGGCUAUGGUUGGGCGCCAGAAAGAACAUAGUGAACUUGUGAAAGUCAUCGAGAGGGUUGCAAGGGGUCAUGCUAUUGCAAGCAUUGGGGCAGCCAAUCGAUUUUCGGACAACUCAGCUUUAUCAAGCGAGAUCAUUGAUGCUGCUGAUGUUUCCAGUGAGGGUGCGAGCUCUGUGGAAGGAGGACUUCGACGAAGUGGCUCCUUUUCACAAUCCUUCUCGGAUUCAAGACCAGCUAGGAGCGUUGUUCAGCCAUCAGUGAAUGGGACCGACACUCAAACUAUUUCUGGAGAUACCAUCUCUUCGAAUCAAUCCGCUCCCAGAUUAGCCAAAGCUUGGGAUAGGCAUCAAUCGGUGUCCCUCGAACCUAAAACCGUUCUCGAUACCCUCGGCGAGCAAAGACAGUCUUCUUCACGUCAUAGUGGCACGGAAACCUCUAGUCUUUCGAGACAAUUGGGGUCGGCGAAAUUUCGGAGACGAGGCUUUUGUGAGGUCGUUACUAUUGAGGGUGCAGGGGGGUUAGGGAAGAGUUUCCUCGUUCAACAAGUGUUGGCUGAUGCAAGGCGGAGAGGAUAUUGCGCGACGGCCAAAUUCGACACCGCCAGGAGAACUGCAUUCGGGCCACUACUGAAACUGGUAUCUUCCCUAUUCAAGCAAGUAUGGGGUGAGAGCAAUACCGACACUCCUCUUCACCGAGCCCUGAAGGAUUAUGUUCGUCCAAUAUGGCCAAUGCUUCACAAUUUACUCGGACUCCCCGAGUUUCUCCUAGGCUCACCAGAACCAACCUCGGCACCAUCUCCAUCGCCGCAACUAUCAGUCAACGGGCGAAUCAACAGGAUUCCCGGGAAUAGACGUAGCUCAUCACCUAUGAGCUCUCCCGGGAAACCAGUGAAACCUCGCCCUCAGAGCCCACGUGUGACAUCGCAGAGCUCCCAAGAUUUCUUGCGUACUGGCGGGUCCACGAAGACGAUCCGCUUAAUGAACACGUUCUUGGAUUUACUAAGAAUAUUCACGAGUCAUCACUUCGUCUGUUUAUGCCUGGAUGAUCUCCAGUUUGCCGAUGAUGAGUCCUUAGAGUUGAUCACUCAAGUGAUUUCGGCUCGGUUGAAGAUGGUAUUAAUUAUAACCUACCGGCCAGAAGAAUUAUCUCCUGAAAAGGUCCAAAAGAUACUUCAGCCAGCCGAAACUGACGUUAAAAUAGAACACCCCAAAUCUAGCGGCCCAAGGAUUACUAGAAUUGUUUUAUCGCCACUUACCGAAUAUGAGAUCCUGCAAUAUGUCGCAUCGACAUUAUGCCGACCCCUAGAAGAUGUUGCCACUUUGGCCGUGGUAAUCCAGUCGAAGACCGCCGGUAAUCCUUUCUAUAUGAGAGAGAUGCUGAAUGCUUGCUACCGCAAAAGAUGCAUAUGGUACGACUACAAGGAAAACAGAUGGCUCUUCGACUUGGAUUGGCUAUUCGAACAGUUCAAGGGAGAAGAUAAUUACGAUGUCUUGAAUAAUGAUUUCAUCACACGCCGACUAAGCGAGCUCCCACCGGCAUCGCGAGCUAUCUUAGCAUGGGCAGCUCUCUUGGGAAAUGCAUUCUCAUUUGCUCUAAUAUGUCAGCUUCUAGCCGGCGAUUACGACCUUGUUGACGACGAAGAAGGUCAUGAGAUGAGCGGAAUCCUCUACCGUACCAAGUAUUCCAAACAGGAGGCAGUGGCGGGGCUACAAGCGGCAAUCAACGCUUGCAUCAUAGUUCAAGGUGAAACUGACGACAGGUUCCGGUUUGCUCACGAUAGAUAUGUUCAAGCAGCGGCGUCCUUAAAAGAAUGCAACACUCCUCAGAUGCAUUUCGCUAUUGCACAAACCUUAUUAAGGCAUGGUCGACCAGAAGUCAAAUCAAGAGAUAAUACCGCUUCUCAUAUCACUGAAGCAGUUCACAUCAUUAAGCGUCGGGUUCAUAUCCGUCAGCCAUACCGAAAGCAUUUAAUGGACUGUGCUCUAUUUUCUGUAGAGAAUGGCGCCAGACCGACCGCUGCUAAAUAUUAUCACAGCGCUAUAUUGCUUCUACAGCCAGAGCCGUGGACGGAUGGCCUCGAAGACGUCGACUACGAGGAAACUCUCAAACUUCAUUUGCGUGCAGCGGAAUGCUACAUUUAUAUGGGAAAUAACGGGACGGCUCAUGAUCUUGCGGAUACUAUCCUUAGCAGCGCCAAAAAUGCUGAGGACAAAGCCCCCGCCUGGCUUCUCCUUGCCCGAGUUCAAUCUCAGAAUGGAAAUGCAGAGGCGGCGCUUGCUAUCCUUAAAGAGAGCCUAUCUCAGUUGAAGGUCGAAGUCGAUACGCAGCCGACCUUGGAAAAAUGCGAUGCGCUCUUCAUGGAGUUAGCCGCCAAGAUCAAAAGCAUGGACAGGGCAGAGAUCUUGAAUCCCCUUGGUGUUAUGGACACCCACCAAGUCACCAUUGGAGCUAUUCUGAUAGAUGCUAUCAGUGCUGCUUGGUGGAGUGACAAUCUAGACUUCUACAACCUUUCGCUUACGCAUGUUGUCCUUGCCCUUAAACAAAAGCAUUUCCCUCACGCCAGUACCGCAUUCCUAUACGUCGCCAUGAUCGCUUUAUCCAGAUUUAACAUGGUCGAAUUUGCCGCAGAACUCGGAAGCCAAUGUCUGGAGCUCCUCGAGCGGACCCGGGACUCUUUCUCUUCGGCUCGUGGGUAUAUGGUGUAUGCCAGUUUCGUCAGCCACAUCCAGGUUCCUAUCAGCGUCUCUCUUAACCACGCAGAACAAUCCGUCGAAUUUGCGUCUAGCGCUGGUGACCGCAUAUCCGUUAUCCUCAGCUUUGGCCUCUCGACUCAAAUGAGGUUUUUUGCGAGCGAGAAUCUUAGCUAUCUAGAGUCGAUCUGCCAAUACUGUUGUGAGGAAGUACCAGCCUGGCACCAAGAUACUAGGGGUGGAACUUUCUUGAUAGCAGUAAGACAAAUAUGCCGUGCGCUCCAAGGCAAGACGGUGACAACAAAACCAGACACCGUUAUGACGGACGAUCAACAUAAUUCGAACUCUUACAAGUCUUGGCUUAACAUAAAAACGCGAAACGGUGGCAGGUCUAUUCUGAUUUACGAAACCAUGGAAAUCAUUGCAUUAUACUUGUAUGGGUACUAUAAGGAAGCUUGUGAGAUGGGGCGAAGGUGUCUCGAUAAGUUGGAUUUGAUCUGGUCCGUCCGAAACAGUCGAGCCGUCAUAGUAUUCUAUGGCCUCUCCCUCGCAGGUCUCAUGCAGCGCAAGCUGAAGGAUCCGAGGACAGCAUCCGACGAUCUGCAAAAUGAAGUUCAAGAUACAAUAAUAAGAUUAGAAGGCUUGAAUAGGAAGAUUAAAGACUGGCAAGUCGUUUCAGACGCCAACUAUCUUGCCUGGUCAAAAUUAUUGGACGCCCAGAUUGCGGAGCUUCGCGAAGAUCAUGGUUCUGCUAUCCGACACUACGAAGCGGCAUUAGACCAUGCCUCAGAGUAUAGUCUUCUUUUCGAGGAAGCCCUUGGGAAUUUCUUGAUGGCUGGCUUUUUCGUCAGACAGUCGGCAAGGCGUUCAGCAACGGCGGGCCUGAGAGAAUCGGUUGCCCUUUGGCGUCAACUGGGGGCGGCUGGAAUUGCACAACGUAUAGAGGAGGACCACGCAUUCCUUCUCCAUAGUCCUGCUCGCCAUUCAAGAACAGCUGAAGUCGCCGUACAGACCGAUUUUGCUGGUGACUCUGCGUCUGUAACGUACGCUGCCGCGGAUGGCGAAGACGUACCGCAGUCAGUACAGCCGGUCAACGAAGAAACGAAGGAAACCCGGAUGGCUGCCUGGCGCGGCUCAAUGCAACCUGAAGCCGGUGCUGGCUUGCCUGCUCUCGAUAUGAUCGACCUUCACGCCAUUCUAGUUUCGUCCCAAGUUAUCUCAUCCGUUUUACGAGUUGAUGAUCUACUCAAGACGAUGUGCAAUGUUAUCCUCCAAACUUGUGGUGGGUCCGCGACCCAAGCAGCGAUCAUAGUUCAAGAUGAAGACGACGAGGAUGAUAAUUGGUGCAUUGCGGCCAGUGGAGACUCGGAAAGGGGUGCAACAGCCAAUCUCCCUGGACAACCACUCAUUGGCUCAUCACUUGUUGCCGAGAACGUCGUUCUAUACUGCGCUCGGUUCCGCGAGGUUGUCUUCAUCCCCGAUCUCAUCAGCGACGAGCGAUUUGGAAAGGUUAGCGAUUCUUGGUUACAGACAAAUUCAUUAAGCAAGGCCGUCAUCGCGAUACCCAUUUGCCAUGGAUCAAAGCCACUGCUCGGAGUACUUUACUUGGAGGGUGAACCAGGUAGUUUCACUGAUCGGAACGUCACCGUCCUCCAAUUGCUGGUGAACCAGAUCGGUAUCAGUUAUUCCAAUGCCCUUGCCAUGAAGGCAGUCGAAAAGGUAUCAUCAGAGAACGAGGCCAUGGUCCGGAUACAGAGGCAAGCUGUCGCAAAAGCUCGAAAUGCCGAGGCUAAGGCCAAAGACGCCGAAGCUGAGGCCAAACGUAAUGUCAAGAUUGCCGAAGAAGCUGCCAAAGCCAAGAGUAUCUUCCUUGCCAACGUCUCCCACGAGCUACGAACCCCAUUGAAUGGUGUUAUCGGCAAUUCGGAACUUUUACGAGACAGUAAUCUCAACAAAGAACAACUUGAGAUGGCAGAUUCCAUUCGAGUCUCCGCGGACCUCCUACUUACGGUCAUCAAUGAUAUCCUCGAUUUCUCCAAAAUGGAAGCCGACAAAAUGAAGCUUUACAUUACUGCCUUCAACCCAGAGGAGAUGAUGCGCGAAGUCGUCAGAGCUGCCUCGUAUAGCAACCGAGAAAAGACGUCCAAGAAAAGUGUACAAAUCAUUCAAGAUAUCGAUAUACCACCAAUGCUCAUAUAUGGCGAUCCGAUCCGCUUGCACCAAGUUCUUGGGAAUCUUAUUAGCAACAGUCUCAAGUUCACGGAACAUGGCUCUAUCACCAUUGGUACCAGGGUGGAUUUGAAUACCCCUGAACAUGCAAAACUUACCUUCUGGGUCGAGGAUACGGGCAUUGGCAUCCCGCCCAAACAGCUAGCUAGACUCUUCAGGCCCUUCAGUCAAGCGGAUGCAAGUACUGCUCGCAAAUAUGGCGGUAGCGGACUCGGCCUCAGCAUCUGUAAAUCGCUCAUUGAGAAUAUGAUGAAGGGGGAGAUUAAGUUGGAGAGUAUAGAAAAUAAGGGUACGAAAGCCUGGUUCACGGUCACCUUCAACAAGACGACACCCGAUGUGUCGGCAGGAGAAGCCCAACCCGUUACUACACCCUCAGCUAUUGGAGGAAGACGCGACUUCCCUCAGCCAUCACACAACCAGCAUCUGUUGCAUCCAGUUAUGGACUUGGCAAAGAUUCCAAAAGAUCAAAUUCGCAUCUGCAUCGCAGAAGAUAACCUCAUCAAUCAGAAGAUUGCCAUCAAGUUUGUGCACAAGCUUGGAUACGACAAGGUCGAUGCUUAUGAGAACGGGCUCAAGGCAGUAGAAGGUCUACGACAGAAGGCCACAGAGGGUAUUCCUUAUCAUGUGGUCUUGAUGGAUGUACAGAUGCCUCUUCUAGACGGCUAUGAAGCCACAGCACUUCUCCGAAAGGAUCCCAUCGAGGAAGUGAGAAAAGUCUUAGUCAUCGCCAUGACAGCUUCAGCAAUACAAGGCGACCGAGAACGAUGUCUAGCAUCGGGCAUGAACGACUACCUCGCCAAACCAGUCAAGGCAGAUUUACUAAAGAGAAAGUUAGACACCUACACUACAGGAAUCCUCCAACCCCCAACCCCUCCUGCUGGACACCAUCCGGAUCCUAUAUCUACGCAAACAACACCGACGGAAUCCUCGGAUAGCAACGUCACACCCGUCCCUAGUCCCCCUACGGUGAACCCGCUCAACUUUAUGACCCGUUCUCCACCUCUAAUCAUACCAAUGCAGAGCAUAGACUCUGCCUACACUCCCAGCGGUUCAUCCAGCGACAAGACGUCGGAUGAGGCCGUUUCUCCGACAACGCGACGACCACGGAAGUUGACGAAGAGCCGGAAUAAUAGUGAGCCUAAGAUCGUGUCACCGAAAGCUGUCUUAACCAAAAAGAACCCAAAACCAUAUUCAAGCAGUUCGUCUCUUCUAGAAAGCGAUACGAGUCAUGAUGAUUUAUUAUAGGAUUGACGUUACUUGAUACAUUUGCAGGCGGGCCGGUAGUUAAUCGGGAGAGGGUUUGAAUCCCAAAUAGACGCAUUCCGGAGUUGUAGGCGUCCGAAUGAAACUUGAAUUAUCUCGAGAUGGUUGAGAGGAAUCCCAUCGCAUUUUAUAGAAACAUCAUGCAUAACUACCUAGGUAGUCAACAUGAAUGCUUCUUUCUUGGCGUGGAUAGAAUGACUUCAUCCAUGAACGAAAUUGCAUACAGGCUCCCAUACUUAGCUUGUCUAGAACAUCUUCUAGUUAUCUAUUUUUCUUCUAUUCUUCACUUCUCGCACGUACGAGUCCACGGUUGACUUUGCGGGCAUCCUGUUUCUACCACACAAAAAUCGGUAUAUCUAAUCGUCACGGUCAAGGCAUACGGGGGCGGCCGGGGCGAAAUUCUGGUGUUGGGAUUAUGGAGCAUACACGGGCAUCCUUUUGUUUUUCUUCUUCUACCGUUUUCC